AUGACCCACAAGACUGGACGAGCAGUCAUGGCUCAACACCUUCCGUAUUUAAACAUGGUGCUUGAAGACAUUGGUAUGAUGGGUGGUAACGCUAACAUUUGGUCGCGACCACAACAGCAGUUCAUUCCGUCUUCACAGCAGCAGUACGGCGCCAUUUGCCCUCCGGUAGUGCUCACCCGCCACACGUCCAUGCCUGUGCGCCAACUGACGCCUCGUCGAUACGAUCAUCAUCAAGCACGGCAGCAUCAACAAGCAACAUCGUUUGCUGUGGGAACACCACCAACCCUUGCACGGCAUCACAGUCACGGUUACACCUCGGUAAUGCAGCCGCAACAAGGAUAUCAAGCUACAAUGAACAUGACAAUGUCUCCUCGUCAGGUGCACAUGAGCGAUAUGCAGGACCUGUUGGAGAUUAGUAUGAAUCAACAACAACCUUUGCAGUACCAGAUCCCGACGCAGCAACGUCGGAUCAAGUCUGAACCUGUUUCGUCGUCCUCGUCCAUGAACGUCGAGCCGAUCGCUUUCACCGGCAACAAUGCCAAGAUGGUCAUUGAUAAUCUAGACCCUCUCGCCUAUGUUGUGUUUGGAAACCCUUCUGGUCUCAAGCCUUCUCUUCCCGGAAUGCCUCAGGAUAUUCAGCAGAUUGAGUCGGCCUUUGACUCACUGGACCACCUUAUGCCCGAGAUCGAGCAGGAAAUGUUGUUUCGAUCGCCGGAGCUGGACCAAAUUGCCCAGACUACGGCUUUUGCUAGCACAACGACAAUCAAGUCGCCCAAGAGCAUUGCUACCUGCAAGAUGAGUGGUUGCGAGCGUCGUGUGCGCUCCAAAGGCUUUUGCAAGACUCACGGUGGUGGCCGUAAGUGCAACAUUGAAGGCUGCAAGAAGUCGAGUCAGAACGGAAACUUUUGUAUCGGCCAUGGUGGUGGCAAGAAGUGCAAGGAGGAGGGUUGUGCUAAAGCUGCGCAGUCUCACGGUCUGUGUAAGGCUCAUGGUGGUGGUGCUCGUUGCAAGUACUUGAACUGUAACAAAAGCUCCCAGGGUGGCGGUUUAUGCCGUGCUCACGGUGGUGGCAAGCGCUGUCAGGCGUCUGGAUGUCCCAAGGGUGCUCAGCGUGGCAAUUUUUGUGCUACCCAUGGUGGUUUUCGCAACUGCAAAAUUGAAAACUGUGUGCGCACGGACCGUGGUGGAGGUUUUUGCGAGGUGCACCGUCGUGGUCGCCUUUGUAAAGUGGAAGGCUGCAAGAAGCUGUCUCGUAACCAGGGCAUGUGCACCAUGCACAUCCGUGAGGAUAAGCAAAUACUUAUCGACUCUAUCCAGUCUCGGAUAUCCGAACGUGCUGUCGCUAUGGCCGUUUGA